AUGGAUAGAAUGUUCCCCCUACAACCUCCCCACAUCUCUAUCCAACCCUUUAAUCCUCUGGCAUCUUUUUUCACUUCUAGUCUAAGAUUUCCAGAAGCAAACCUGGAGGAGAGACAUGAAGAAGGUCAAAGCAACGCCAGCCUUGUGCAUUACCAAGAAGCAGAUUCUGUCUCUGACAUACCCACCAUCAAUGUAGAGGAGGAAGAUGGGGGUCUCCAAGUCUGCCGUGUAUGUGGGGACAAAGCCAAUGGCUAUCACUUCAAUGUCAUGACCUGUGAAGGAUGCAAGGGCUUUUUCAGGCGGGCCAUGAAACGCAAUGUCCGGCUGAGAUGCCCCUUCCGCAAGGGCGCGUGCGAGAUCACGCGGAAGACGCGGCGACAGUGCCAGGCCUGCCGCCUGCGCAAGUGCCUGGAGAGCGGCAUGAAGAAGGAGAUGAUCAUGUCCGAAGCAGCCCUGGAGCAGAGGCGGGCCUUGAUCAAGAGGAAGAAGCUGGAACGGGUGGAGAUCCAGCUUUCCGGAGCUCAGGGGCUGACAGAGGAGCAGCAGAUGCUGAUCAGGGAGCUGAUGGAAGCUCAGCUGAAAACCUUCGACACCACCCUCUCCCAUUUCAAGGACUUCAGGCUGCCAGAGGUGUUUGGCAGUGGGUACGAGAUUCCAGAGUUUCUACAGACCCCACUGGAAGACGACAAAUGGAACCAGUUCAGGGAACAUCUAAGUACUUUGAAGAUCUCUCUGCAGCUGCGGGGAGAAGAUGGCAGUAUCUGGAACUACAACCCCCCAGACAACAACAAUGGCAAAGAGAUCGUUCCCCUGCUGCCCCACCUGGCUGACCUGUCCACCUACAUGUUCAAAGGCGUCAUCAAUUUUGCCAAAGUCAUCUCCCACUUCAGGGACUUGCCCAUCGAGGACCAGAUCUCCCUCCUAAAAGGGGCCACCUUUGAGAUGUGCCUGCUGAGGUCCAACACAAUGUUCAACACAGAGACUGGGACCUGGGAGUGUGGUCGGCUGACCUACUACUUCAAAGACUCUGAAGGUGGCUUCAAGAAACUUCUGCUGGAUCCCGUCAUGAAGUUCCACUACAUGCUGAAGAAGCUGCAGCUUCAUAAGGAGGAGUAUGUGCUGAUGCAGGCUAUCUCCCUCUUUUCCCCAGACCGCCCAGGUGUGGUGCAGCGUGCAGUGAUAGAACAACUGCAGGAGCGAUUUGCCACCACGCUGAAGACAUACAUCGAGUGCGUCCGGCCCCAGCCUGCCCACCGGUUCCUGUUCCUGAAGAUCAUGGCUGUUCUCAUCGAGCUGCGCAGCAUCUCAGCCCAGCACACUCAGCAGAUACUGCGCAUCCAAGACACACACCCCUCUCUCAGCACGCCCCUCAUGCGGGAGCUUGUAAGCAGCACAGAUGACUGAAUGGUGGCCUUUGGGUGGAACCUCAGGGGGCCAGCCAGACCCAGAGCUCUCUGAGAUGCCACUUCUGAGGCCAGAUGGAUGGACAACGCUGAUAGCUGACAAUGUUCUGUGACCACAGCAGGGCGGCAUUCCUUAGGCACCCCACUGCCCAGUUCAGUCUGUAGUGUGGAAAGCCAUGGAUCCUGUAUGGAGAGUGCACUGGCCCACCAGAGAAGCAAGGCUGCUCUUCCCUUAGACAAGGCCCUGUGGUCGGGGAAUCAAUUCCAAAAUCCCACCAAAGUGCCAUGGGGAGAGAGGAAAAGGAGUGAUAGUGUCAGUCCUGACCCUUUGGUAUUCACCAUGACAGUGUGACUCCCAGCACUGCCAAAUUAACCUGUGUGCUCGGCACCAGUGAGGUGCAGGGUAUCUGAAAAGUGUCUGCUUUGUGAUUACCUUGCUCCCACCUCCCACCCGCUGGGCCAACCCCUUCUCUCCCCACUAAGCUGCUGUUGGGGGUGGGUUUCUAGGUCUGUGCUCAUCAGCAGGUGCAUCGGUGUCUGCGGGAGUCUUCUAGAGAAGCCAGGAGGUCUGCACUGUCAGAAACUUGUGACCUCAUUCUAGAUCUCUGCAUCCACUCAAGCACAUUAUCAAGUACCAGCAUGUUGUGGGAUACACACUAUUGACUCAGAUAUACUCUCGAUCUCAGAGUUUACAGUUAAGAAAACAAAGCUGGAGCACAAGUAACACAGAUCAAAGUGGCAAUUGACACAUGACACAAGCCCAGGGAACUUCUCUGUGUGGAUGGUGACGGCACUGGGGAUCUGUGGGUAGCUAGGGCUGCAAUGAGGGUACUGAGGACCUUUCUGGGAGGAAGUGGUAGGACCCAUACGGCUUGGUGUGGGCAGUUUGCUCCCCACCUGACUGGGUCCUGGCUUUGCCCCGAGGCAGGAACAGACUUGCUCUGUGACACGGCUGUGGCGACUGGUAAUAAACAUGCUAGAGCAGAAUCACUGUGUACACUGGUAUUUUCAUGGACAUCUGCUAAAGCACGUGAAAGUGUCUGCUUUGUUUGUGAUUAAAUAUUUUUUGCAUUUCCACGAGUUACACUUUUACAUAAAGCAUUCACUAUUGGAGAACUAGGCUUAGCAAGUAUGUUCCUGUUUCUAUGUCGAAUCCAAGCAAGAGGAUAUAAAUAAUGAACUUUUGCUAGAAAUGUAAACAUGUUUUGGCCUCCUAUACUGAAGAAGAUAGAAAUGUGGAAGGGGGGGAACAGAAAUCAAAAUAGCACAAUGGCUGGAGAUGUAGCUCAGCACCAUAAGCGCCUACCUGGCAAGUGGUUGUGAGCUUGAUUCCUGGUACUAAAAGUAAAUAAAUAAAUAUAAAUCAAAACA